GAGUAGUUGGCGCUUCAGUCGAAGCUCGUAGGCUGGCUCGUUAUUAUAGUCGUACAUAUAUAUUUUUAGAAUAAUUUCACGAUUUGGUCUUGGUCGGUUUCAGUCGGUGAAUAAAUCUGUGUUCAUACUUAAAACUUUAUAUACUAGCACUUGUUUAAAUUCAUUUAUUGUUGUUUAUGUUUACAUUGUCACUAUAAUAAGAGUAAUUUUAUUAUAUAUUACAGUAAUGUUGUACAUAUAAUAAGGGUGAACGAACGACAACGAUUGUGCGUGUAAUACAACUAAGCAUGGAGUGGAUUUUGUGUAGUUUUAAAUUACUUGAAAGUAUUGUCGUUUAUCCUAAUAACAGGACUCAACGAUUCGAGUGUUAGUCAAGAGUAAAUUCCAACAAACUCAUUUUAAUCCAACGAAUAUUUGAAAAAAAAAAAAAAAAAAAUUAUGAAAAUUUCAAAUGUGAUAAUAACAAAUUUUGAAUUAAUCGAUAUUAUGGUUAUCUAUCGUGAACUUACGCGAUUUCUUAAUAGAAGACACUGAAGUUUGUUGAAACCAUCUAAGUCAUCGUAGAAAUGCCAACGUAAACGUUUAAGAAAAUAUCGUUUAAUGUAAGUGCAUGUAUGCGUGUAUAUAUGCACGCGUGUGUGCGUGACAACGAGGAGGAGGGUGAUGGAUGACAUACGAGGCACUUCGGCAGGUCGCCGACUUUCUCAGAUCUUCGAUCCAAUCGCCCGACUCGCCUCGGAUUUUGGUUCUAGUUCUUCAGCUCCAUGUAGCCCACGUUUGGGUUUAAAUAAUCGGACUUAUGAAAAUGCUAGUGUCUUUGAAUCAAAUAAAUCACGUGUAAAUAAUAAAACAUCAGAUGUUAAUCAUGAAAAUACACGAUUAUUAUCGAGACAACGUAGCGGUAGUACAACACGCCAAGUAUCGGUAUUACCAUCUAAUAGAUCACAACAAUUAAAUGAUUCACCUGUACAUUCUAGAAGCUUAACGUCGACUUAUGUCAAUGUACCAUGUGAUAAUUCACAUCAUGGACAUCGAGACAAGUCUUUUGUCGAUAAUAAUAAAAGUAAUAUUGGGUAUAUUGAACUAAGAUCUAAAGACAAUAAGCCUCAUUAUCAUGGUGUGAUGCCACCACCUUUUAGCUUUAGCUCUGAAUCAAGUGGCUGUGUUGAAUAUGCUGACAAAAAAAAUUUAUAUGAAAAUAAAUCAGAUAAUUUCAGUUCGUACGGUAAUUUUGAAAAUGACUCGUCAUCUGAUGCAUCUUCACCUUUAUUUGAAAAUGUCGGUGGUGAAGGUGGUUCAUCAUUGAGUUCAAAUGUUGACAGGAUAUUGACGGCAUUUGGUGGUGGUAAACAACAGCAAUUUCGUAGAGCAUCAAUUGAUCGUGAUGUUACCUUCAAUUCAUCAAUGUCACCAGCAACGUCUGCUAGUGACGAACCGAGAGAACGAUUUGAUGUUCGAACUACGGCUUACUCGUCUUCUAAAAGUUUCGAUGCUGGUUUUUCUGCUACGGUAGAAAAUCUCAAUUGGCAAGAGAGAUGUUUAGAGUUACAACUUGAACUUCAUCGGAGCAGAAGUCAAGCGACUAGAGUACGUGAUAUGCUACGAGAGAAGCUUUCGGAGCUUGAACAACGAGUUCUUGAUGCUGAGGGAAGAGCAGAUGAAGCCGAAGAUAAAGUACGGAUGAUGGAGGAACGGUUGGUAAAGGGUGAAUACAGCCUGAGCACAUCUGGAGUAGGUUCCCCAUCACACUCAUUGGCGUCUACCUCGGGUACUCAGAAUGACAAAAUUGAAGAAGUUCAUUGCGCUUGUAUUUCAAAACUAGAAACACAAGUUGAAGAGCAGAGACAAUUAAGACUUCAAGACGCGAAGCAAGUUGAAGCAAAAGCUGCUCGAAUAAAGGAGUGGGUUACUAAUAAAUUACGAGAAUUAGAACAACAAAAUCAACACUUACGUGAGCAAAACAACAAGUGUAAUCAACAACUAGAACUUUUACGAAACCACAUUACCAACAUUGGCCUAAGACCUCUGGCGCCUGCUACAAGAGCAUCUUUAUCUUUAGAAGUUGAUCAAUCUUUACGCAGACGCUCAGAAAGUUUAGAAACAACACCACAAGUAAUUUCUGAAAACGUUAAUCAAACAACUACGGGGGAUUUCCCGCAGAUAGGAAUUCGCCAUAGGCGACAUCUAUCCGCUUGUGGAACUAUUCAUCAGGGAAUCACAACAUCAAAUAUGGAUUCAAGCUUAUUAUCUGAGGAGUUAGCUGCAGCUGUGGAAAAUUUGGUUAUGCUGCCGAGUAUACCAGGUGUCUCAGAGACAAGUCGUGACAGUGGUAGUUCAGAAGCUAUACAUGAUUAUGCUGAAAUUUAUACUCCUAGUCGUGAAGAUAUAAAUUGGGCAAAUCAAUCUAGUGGUACAGCUGCUCCUCGACCACCAACACCACCUUUACAUAGAUUUCCAAGUUGGGAAGCUAAAAUAUAUCAAGUUGCUGAUGGUGGACUUGGUAUUGGACCUUCUACAAAUGAAGAUACAUCUGGUAUUCCUUCAUCUACAUCUAAUACCACUUCGUCAAAACACUCUCACACUACGGGUCAUAAUUUGACAACUCAUAAUUCUCAAGGAUACUGUGAUAUAUCUGUACCAGUUUACGCUACAGUUAAAGGUCGUGCAAGUCAAAUCAGAUCUAUGCCAUUUGGAGAUAGCUCUGAUGACAGUUCUGAUGGUGAAGAACACGCGAAUCCAACUGAGACAAAUACAAGAAUAACGAAUAGCUCAUCGGAUAAUACUGACACAUCACUUGGUAGUGGCAGUAGUCCGUCAAAAAGUAUUAAAACUACCAGUAGUCUGAGUCCAGCUAAACGAAGUUCAAGUGGUUCACCAAGUAAAAGCGUAAAACGAGAUAUAUCGUUAGAAUCUGGUUUAUCUGAGGACUAUGCUAUCCCUCCUGAUGCUUUAAGUUCUACCUCAAUUGAAUCUAGUAUGCCGAGUUUAUUAAUGCGUGUAGCUGGUGAAAGUCCAAAAAAAUUAGAAUCUUUGGAGAAAGCUGGCCAUCUAGCUAAACUUGGCGGUAAAUUAAAAACUUGGCGAAAAAGGUGGUUUGUAUUAAAAAAUGGGACUCUAAUGUAUUGGAAGAGCCAAAAUGAUGUUAAUAGAAAACCUCAAGGCCAAGUAAUAUUGGAUGAUGUCUGCAGAAUAAAUAGAGCUGAAGGUGCUGCUACUUUUGAAAUUUCAACCGGCAAAAAAACAUAUUAUUUAACUGCAGAUUGUAUUGCAACUAUGGAAGACUGGAUAAGAGUUUUACAAAAUGUUCAAAGGCGAAACGCAACAAAGUUAUUGCUCAGUAGAGAAGACAAUAAACCAACGAUUCAGGGUUGGUUGACUAAAGUUAAAAAUGGUCAUGCCAAAAAAUGUUGGUGUGUGCUUAUUGGAAAAAUGUUUCUUUAUUUCAAAUGUCCUAGUGAUACGAAUCCUAUUGGCCAAAUAAAUAUGCGAGAUGCACGUGUUGAAGAAGUAGAACAUGUUUCGGAUAGUGAUAGUGAAGAGAGAGACGCUGAAUGUCCGCAUGAAAGAACAAUUGGAAUUUUUCCAACUCAUCAAGGACCCACAUAUUUAUUAAUGCCUCACAAACAAGAUAAAGAUAAUUGGCUUUAUCAUUUAACAGUAGUUUCUGGUGGUGGCCCAAAUGCUGGUACUCAGUAUGAACAAUUGGUUCAAAGAUUAAUGGAAACUGAUGGUGAUCCUGGUUGUGUUCUUUGGCGCCAUCCAUUGUUACUACAUACUAAAGAAAACAUCACUAGUCCACUAACAAGUCUUACAUCGGAAGCAUUACAAUCUGAAGCUAUUAAAUUAUUCAAAGCAUGCCAACUUUUUAUGUCAGUGGCAGUAGAACAAGCUGGAAUAGAUUAUCAUGUGGUACUCGCACAAAAUGCACUACAACAGUGUUUAGAUCAACCUGAACUUCAGACUGAAUUUAUAUGUGCGCUAGUAAAACAGACAAGCCGUCACACACACCAGCGCUUGGGCGUACAGGUAAAAAAGGCCGCCAGACUUGUGUCGCUGAGUACUGCGCGUGUUCAACUCCUUCUGUGCGCCACGCAAUCGCUCUUCACUUGCGAUACGCAAAGCCCCGCGGCAAACGGCGGCGGUGAAAAUGCGGAUGCGCAGUCGACGGCCUCAACUUCUCACAGUCCUCCGCUCACGCAGGGUCAUUCAACAUCAAAUAUUUUGGACUGCAAAACAAAUCCUGCUCAAUACGUGCUCGUUCAAGGAUGGCAGUUACUCGCACUUGCUGUUUCACUCUUCUUACCAAGGAACAAUCGUCUACUCUGGUAUUUAAAGCUUCAUCUCCAAAGAAAUGCUGAUUCUAAAACGGAGUGUGGAAAAUAUGCAGCAUACUGUGAACGUGCACUGGAAAGAACACUUCAGAAUGGAGGAAGAGAAGUUAAACCUUCUCGAAUGGAAGUUUUAUCAAUACUAUUAAAAAAUCCGUAUCAUCAUUCGUUACCUCAUGCUAUUCCAGUUCACUUUCUUAAUGGAACUUAUCAAGUUGUUAGCUUUGAUGGCAGCACGACAAUUGAAGAAUUUUUACAUACUCUUAAUCAAGAGAUAGGCUGUCGUGAUGCUCAUCAAUCUGGCUUCACUUUAUUCAGCGAUGAUCCUAUUGAAAAAGAUUUAGAGCAUUUUAUUGAUCUUCAAGCAAAACUUUGCGAUAUUAUUUCUAAAUGGGAAACAGCAUUACGAGAAAAAGGUUCGGGAAAAUUUGAAAAUACUCGAGUUAUACAGCUGACGUACAAGUCAAGAUGUUAUUGGCGAUCAGCGGCUAAAAUGGAAACCGAUCGAGAACGUCUAUUGUUGUGCUACCAAGUUAAUCAACAAGUUGUACAAGGGAAAUUUCCGUUAAAUCGUGAUUUAGCUUUUGAGCUUGCUUCACUUAUGGCACAGAUUGAUUUUGGAGAAUACAAUCAUGACAAAAUACGUGGAAGUGGACCUGCUAAUAAUCCAAGUCAUUUAAUACUUCAAGCAUUAGAUAAAUUUUUCCCAAUACGUUAUCGAUCAAAUAUUUCAACGGAUCAAUUAAGAGAGUUACAAGAAAAAUUGCAAGAAAAAUGGGUAGGAUUACGAGGUCGCAGUGUAAUUGAUUGCGUUAGAAUUUAUCUUACUUGCACUCGAAAAUGGCCUUUCUUUGGUGCAACUUUAUACCAAGCAAAGCUCAAACAAGCAGAACCUAUUACACUAUGGAUUGCAGUUUCAGAAGAUAGCGUUACAUUACUCGAAUUACAAUCAAUGGCAGUAAUGUAUCGUUAUAAUUAUGCCAACAUAAUAACAUUUGGUGGAUGCUUGGAUGAUUUUAUGCUCGUUGCGUGUCCUGAUGAAGGCGUAGCUGAACAAAAAUUAAUAUUUGCUCUUAGUAAACCCAAGAUUUUGGAAAUAACUUUACUAAUUGCUGAUUAUAUGAAUGCUUUGGGUCAUACUUUACCCGGCACUCCUCAAAUGAAUACGUUAACACGAAAUGGAUCACACAGAUCAAUUAAAUCUACAAUGAGACAUACUACUGGUUCAAGUUGUCUUCCGACUCAACCUGAUAUUCUAAAAUCAACACCAGAUCAUCAAAGACCGUGAGAUGUAUAUUACGAUAAAUAUUUAUACAAGUUUAGAAAAUAAG